UCUGUAGGCUUCUCUGUUUGGGGCCUCCAAGCUUUUAGAGAAGAAACCAAGCUGAACCUUUAGGGGGAAUAUAAAAAUAUAUACAUUUCUAAGGCUGCAUAACUCGGAUCAGGCACAUCAGGGGACGGUUUAACUCCAUCUCAGACUGAUCCUCAGCUUUUUAUUUAUACAAGUGGUAUUUUUCAUGAAUCUUUAUGGAUCGGACAGUCAGAACUAACAGAUCAAGGGGAAAGACAGCAUUAAAUGUAGCAAAACAUGCAUUGAUUUUAAAGCUCAUAGAUUUUCUUACACUCAAAUGGUUGAAUGGGGUGUGAAAGUCAUUCUUCCUCUGCUCACAGGUUUCUUUUUAUGUGUCUUAUAUGCAAGUAAUCUAAAUUGUUCUCCCAAAGAAUAUUGGAUUGUGUAAUUAGCCAUAUGCUUCUUGCAUUGUUAGAAAUGGAAGUGGAGUGUUUAUCUCUGACAUUGUUAAAGGAGGAGCUGCAGACCUAGAUGGAAGAUUAAUUCAAGGAGAUCAGAUUUUGCUGUUAAUGGAGAGGAUAUGAGAAAUGCCUCACAGGAGACUGUUGCCACUAUACUUAAGUGUGCCCAAGGCCUGGUGCAUCUCGAGCUGGGGAGACUGCGAGCUGGGUCGUGGCUGUCAUCGAGGAAAACAUCCCAAAACAGUCAGGUGAACCAACAGAGUGCCCACAGCCACUUCCACCCCGCGCUCGCUCCGGUCCUCUCGACGUUGCAGAAUUUUGUCAGCACAAAAAGAUCUUCAGCAGACGUGUCUCAAAGAAACUCAGGAGCAGAUACGGGCCCAAGGACUGUGGAGAUAACAAGGGGACCAAAUGAUGCUCUUGGUAUCAGCAUAGCAGGAGGAAAGGGGAGUCCAUUAGGAGAUAUUCCCAUCUUCAUUGCUAUGAUUCAGGCUAGUGGUGUGGCAGCACGGACCCAAAGACUCAGAGUUGGAGAUCGGAUUGUCAGUCUUAAUGGGCAACCUUUGGAUGGGCUGUCUCAUGCAGAUGCUGUUAAUCUACUAAAGAAUGCUUAUGGGAGCAUUAUCCUGCAGGUCGUAGCUGAUACCAACAUCAGUGCCAUUGCUACCCAACUGGAGAGCAUGUCUGCAGGAUGUAGUGUCAACUCUUCUUCUGAGCAUGCUUCUGAAGAUCCAGAAGCACCUCAGCCUAAGAUUAUUACUUUGGAGAAAGGCUCUGAUGGACUGGGAUUUAGUAUUGUGGGGGGGUAUGGAAGUCCCCAUGGAGACCUGCCCAUUUAUGUCAAGACUAUAUUUGCCAAGGGAGCAGCUGCGGACGAUGGCAGACUGAAGCGCGGCGAUCAGAUUUUAGCAGUUAAUGGGGAAGCUUUGGAAGGUGUUACCCAUGAGCAAGCUGUAGCUAUUCUGAAGCGCCAGAAAGGAACUGUGACAUUAUCGGUGUUAUCAUGAAUGUCGUUGCACUUGCAGAGAUAAAUACAAUUAUUUUAAAACAUCGGUAGAGCUAUAAUAAUACUGUUCAGCUCUGAGCCGGAUGGAAAGCAAACUCUGGCAAAAAUUAAUCAGCCUUCAGCCCGUUGCCAGAAUGGGCAGUGUGCGUCUCGAGCUUCGUUUAACCUUCCACACUGAUCAGCCUUUCUCCCUGCCCUCCCCUACUUCUGGUGGCUUCUGAGUUUUCUCUGGAUAACUUGAAUUAACGGGCUUCAAAGAAUAAGAUCCAUUUUGCUUUAUUCACACGUCAGUUUACCUCCACUAGCCUGAACCCCAGAUACAUUGGCUGAACCUGGGCUCUGUUCAAAUACAAAGGAGAAUUUAGAUCAUCAGCCAAUCUCAUCUGAUGAGCAGAAAUAAAUGCUGAGUGACUUGUCAUCUCACUCAUGAUUUACUUAUGCUAAUUGUCCUUUCAAGUAUGCCAGAAAACAUUAGCAAUGUAAUUAAAUUACCACUGUUCCAAAUGAUGAAAUAUCAAAUUCUCCUCUGGGAAAUUAUUUGUGUUCAGCACAGUAAGUCUGAUAGUCAAAUGUGAACUUCUCAUGUUUAUCUCUUUGGGUAGGUCUGUGGAAGUUAGUCAGAGGUAAUUACUGUGAUGUGUCAAUUUGCAGCCUUUAGCGUGAAAAAUAAACCAGGGGAGAGAUAAAUUUAUUUUUUUAGGCUUUUAAAUGUUUGAGCCUUUUCAGAUAUUUAGGCAGCAUGAACAACAACAAAUCUCGUUCUAUUCUGAUUAUGUUUUUAAAGAAGAAAUGUGCUGAUACGUGCCAGGCAUGUUGCAUACAAAGGCAGUCGUCGUCGUGCCAAGCUGCAGCGUAACUGUUGAUGCUGAAACUUUAAUGAAGACAAAAGUUUGCUUUGGCCAUGUGAUCCUGUAAUUCUUGCAAUGAUGGCUGUCCCACUGCACGUUGUCUUGGAGGCUAGGUGAAGUUUAAUGCAAACCAGCACACCAUUCCUCAUUUCCAGGAGUCUCCCCAGGUUCAGGUAGUGCUGGAAGAGGCUUUCAUGGAUAAGGAGGAUGGCUCUCGGGAGCUCUGGGGCUCAGUUUUGGGGGAUGCCAGCCACCACCAGGCAGUGUAGAGCUGAUGCUGCAGGAAGCGACUGUGGGAAGUCACAGCGAUGCCCCUCCUGGGGCUGGCUGCUGCCUUCUGCUUUCCCAGGGCACAGCACACUGCAGGGGCUCUCAACCCCAUUCCCCAGCCACAGGGUGCAGCCACAGCCCUUGAGCUCUCUGGCACGAGCUCAGCCCUCCUGUGCAAUGGAGGAGGGAUGCAGCCACAUUCAGCCAAGCAGUAGUGACUCGGUUACGCAGCCGUUCCUGCAGUGAUGGUACAACCGUGGCCUUGGCGAUUAAGCAAAUGAAUUUGGCAGGCAGAUUAAUGGCAUUGCAAGUCAUUGUGGUUUAAUCUGCCUAUCUAGAGGAACAGUAGGGCUUUGGAGGAAGCAGCCCAGUCUCAUUUGGGUUGUUUGGUGUAAUUUAUAAUGAUGAUGUAGUGGGGAAAAAAUGAAAAGGGUGUGUGUGUGUGUGAGAGAGAGAGAGAGAGAGAGAAAAUUGUCUGCUCAUCUGAUGUGAAAAAUCCUUAGAAAUAAAUGGAAAGAGAAUUGAAAACAUGUAAUAUAAUGACCAAGUAGCACAAGGAAAAAGUACUGUUAGUACGUAUGUUUUAGCUGGGGUGGGUAUUCCCCCAUGUUAGGUAGAAGAACACAGCCUGAAAGGAGCAAGCUGGGAUUGCUUGCAAUGAAUUGCAAUGAGCUUGCAUUGAAAAGGUUUUCUUUAGUUCGUGUAGAAGUUUUCUUUGACUUUAGGCAAUCACAAAGUGCAUUUAGCCUGCUGGAACACGGAGGGGGUGUUCUGUUCAUAGUGCCUGGAAGAGACUUAACAUUUCAAAUGGAUUCUCACUGAUUUGCCAAGCAAAGGGUUAGUGGGACUUUGGCUGUAGACACAAAACUAUAUCCAAAUGUGUUGGAGAAUGUGUAGCUGCCUUUGGCUGCAGAGGUAUGAACACGGAAGUUCAGUGCAGGUAGGUGGACUGUGGAGAGGUACCUUCAGAAAUAUCGCAUAGAAUUUAUGAACAAAAUGUAAUGGUUCCUCUGAUUGGUUUGGUUUUUUUAGACGUUGCAUUCCUACUUUAAGACAUUGCUGCAUUUAAUCAAUGAAGUUUUACAUGGCUAUUUAUAUUAGCCUUUAUGCACAUACUGUUCAUAUACAUAAAGAAUAGAAUUUAUGGGCUGAGAUAUUUUGCACUUCUCAUUACUCUGAAUGAGAUAACAUUUUCUGCUUCUUGUAAUUUGCACUUUGUGUCUUGAAUAUAUUACUGCCAAAAAUCAUAUUGCAACUAAUUGAUAAACCAGUGACCAUGCGGAGAAGCGUAUGCUCUGUGUACAGGACCAAGUUAGAUAAUUAAAUCUGCAUUACGCUUGUCUGGGUCGAGGUGUUCUGGUUUAUUUAAAACUUUAUUUCUGUGCAAGGGAAAAGCAAUUAAACCUCCUGAUUGUAUGUGUACAUAUAUCAGUAAAAUGAGACAUUUUAUGACUUCAAAGAUUCUAAAUAAAGCUCGGUUACUUAA